GAAACCCUAAAUCAAAUAAUAUCCUCCCCCAUUAGAAAUAGCACACGCAUUUUUUAGAUUCUCUGUUAUCACCUUUCAUCAGAAACAAUACGAUUCAAAUGGCGGGCAGCGGAGCAUCAAAAUCUUCGAUACCACCGAGAGGGAGGAAGAGAGUGGAGGCUGACUCUUCACCUACUUCUGCUUCCACUACUCUUAAACGUGCUAGAGAUGGAAGUGCUUUUGCCAAGUGUGAAGAGUGCAACAAAGAUGUACCAGUGGCAUUAAUUAGUUUCCACAACUGUAGCCUUGAUGCUAAAAUCAAGAUGAAUUUAGGGGCUCAGGUCGUGGAAAUGUCUAGCGAGGUCAAGAAAAACACAGCAGAAAAAAAGAAGGCAAAAUCAACAGAACCUAAAGCAAAGAAGGAGAAAAAAGCCAAAGAUCCGAAUGCACCAAAACGCCCUCCAACUGCUUUCUUCCUUUUCUUGGAUGACUUUCGGAAAGAGUACAAGGAGGCUAAUCCUGAUUGCAAGAGUGUAAAAGAGGUUGCCAAGGAGGGUGGUGAAAAAUGGAAAUCCAUGACUACUGAAGAGAAAAAGCUCUAUCAGGAUAGAGCGGCAGAGCUUAAAGCAGAAUAUGUGAAGGCCUUGAAGCCAAAUGAAGAAGAAAAUGAACAUGACGAAGAAGAUUCUACGGAGAAGGAAGCUAAGGAGGAUGUAGAAGUUGAUGAUGAUGAGUAGUGUUUCUGAGGGAAAAAUACACUUCGUUGAGACAGUACUUGACUAGUUUUAAGCUCUUGUAAAUUUGUCUCCUAUUAAUUUUCUGUGUUAAGAUGCUAGGUCUCUUUUCUGCUUCAAGAUUUGCUAUUCUGCAUUGCAUUUUGUUGCUCCUUUAGCAUUUGAGAAUUUCAAUAUGAAAAAUUAGAAAGGAUUGCGUAUCUCUCCCAUUCA